AUGGUUUUAGAAAGUACUAUGAUUUGUGUAGACAACAGUGAUUAUAUGAGGAAUGGAGAUUUUCUACCUACGAGGCUUCAGGCACAGCAAGAUGCUGUAAACCUGGUAUGUCAUUCCAAAACACGAUCUAAUCCCGAAAAUAAUGUCGGUUUAUUGACUCUUGCUAAUGUUGAAGUACUAGCCACUUUAACGAGCGACGUGGGACGAAUUAUGUCUAAGUUACACCGGAUCCAACCCAAUGGUAACAUCAACCUUUUGACUGGUAUUAGAAUAGCGCACUUGGCGCUUAAGCAUCGUCAGGGUAAGAACCACAAGAUGCGUAUCGUCGUCUUUGUUGGCUCUCCUGUUGACUCUGAUGAGAAAGAAUUAGUAAAACUUGCUAAGAGACUCAAGAAAGAGAAAGUAACCUGUGAUGUAGUCUCAUUUGGAGAAGAUGCUGAUAAUAAUCCCCUCCUGACCUCAUUUGUUAACACUUUAAACGGCAAGGAUAACAAUAGUGGAGGAAGCCACCUUGUAUCAGUGCCUGCUGGUGGAUGUGUUGUAUUGUCAGAGGCUUUAAUUACCAGCCCAUUAAUUGGUGGUGAUGGUGCAGGUCCUUCUGGGUCUGGUUUAUCGCCAUUUGAAUUUGGAGUUGAUCCUAACGAAGAUCCAGAACUUGCUCUUGCUCUGCGCGUGUCUAUGGAAGAACAGAGACAGCGCCAGGAGGAGGAAUCGCGUCGCCAACAAGGUAGCACUGAAGGGGAAGCUGGAAAAACUGGUGAAACACAGAACAGUGGUAUGGAACGGGCAUUAGCCAUGUCACUUGGUCAAGAAGCUAUGGAAAUGUCUGAGGAAGAGCAGAUUGCUCUGGCCAUGCAAAUGAGUAUGCAACAGGAGGCUCCAGCAGCAGAAGAAAGCAUGGAUGUUGCAGAAGAAUAUGCUGAAGUUAUGAAUGAUCCUGCAUUCCUCCAAAGUGUUUUGGAAAAUUUGCCUGGUGUUGAUCCACAGAGUGAAGCAAUCCGCAAUGCUAUGUCCACCAUCAAGAAAGAUAAAGAUGAGAAGGAUGACAAAGAGCAAAAAGAUAAAGAUCGCAAGGGCAGCUCCACUUCUAAAGAAAACAAGUAG